AUGCGACCCACGACAAUAUCGACAGUGCCCUUGCGGCAGCUGUCUGCUGGCCUGAGAGGUCCGCGCUCCACAUCCUUUCCAUCCUCGCUCGCUCCAAGACUUCCGAAUGCAUCACCGACCUUGGCAUGGUCCGCACCUGCGGGUGCUGCGCCGCGCCGCCCACUGUCAACCUCGCCAGCACCCAAGGCGGCAGGCAGCACAUUUGUCAAGGCGACCAUCGCGCUCUCGCUCGUCGGUAUCUCGUCUUACCUCUUCGGAUCGCUCUACCCUCCACAGAUGCUCAAGCUCAUCUUCAAGCCUGCCACACCGCCCAGGCUCAGGAGCGACGGUCCCGAGGCCGAGGCGCAUACGCGCGAGAUCGAAGAUGCUCUGCACUCGCUCGCCAUCGUCAAGCAGCUCAAGUCAUCGUCGGUAGCGCACGGCUCUGCAGCUGAGCUCGAAGUGCUGCGUUCGCAGGGCAAGCACAUCACCGAUGUUGACGAGUCCACCACGGUCGAGGUGCCUGCCAACGGUCGCAUUCCUGGCGCCAACGUCGCUGUAUCCGGUCCACCCGUCGAAGGUGGCGCGGCGGAUACACACCAGUAUGUCAUGACGCGUCCUUAUCUCAAGUACAGCCGCGAGAAGGCACAGCACAACCUCACUGCCGGUUCGCUCCGUGGCCCGGGCAUGGUGGCAGUGCCGCCUCUGGUCUUCACCAAGACGGGUGUCGGUGCCGAACAGCUCGGCGGCGCAGAGGGCGACAGCACCAUCUUGCUGCACCUCGGACGCAGUGUAUGUGGCCACGACGGCAUCGUUCACGGCGGCAUGCUCGCGACGGUAUGCGACGAGGCGCUGGCCCGAACGGCCAUGUACAAUCUGCCAGGCAAGAUCGGCGUCACGGCGCGCCUCGAGAUCGACUACCGCAAGCCCACGAUGGCGCACCAGUUCAUCGUGUUGCAGACCGAGCUCGUCGAGAAGAAGGGCCGCAAGGCCGUAGUCAAGGGCACGCUCAAGGACGUCGACGGUCAGCUGCUGCUCGAGUGCCGAGCCAUCUUUGUCGAGCCCAAGUACGCAAGGUACUUCCUCGAUGCCAAGGGGAUUAAGCAGGCGAUUGAGGGUUAG